ACAAACACAGGAAGCAUGUAUUUUCCAGCACUUCUCUACACCUGCAUUUUGAGCAUGCUCUUUCUGAUUGAUGGCAUUCCCAUUCAUCCGGAUAGCCUCAAAAACUUGGUCAGACUGCAAGCAGACACCAUCAUCCACAAAAUUAAGGAACACAAUGAGAAGUUACAACUGUAUCCAAAUCUCCACAUUGGGAAUUCAGAGCUUGAUGUUCUUGCUGAUAAACCUAUCCAAGGGCUUGGGUCCAUCGUGGACACCGUAACUACCAUCCAGAAGGUUCUUCAAAGGCUGCCCAAAGGGCAUGUGAGCCAGUUACGCAGUUAUGUGUCCACCCUUUUGGGUUACUUUAAUGAAAGGAUGACAUUUAUGCAUUGCACACCCAAGGAACCAGCCAAUGGGAGGUCACUGGAUGCAUUCUUAGAGGAAAACGCCACCCGCCACCACAUUACUCUUGGGUACAUCACUUUAGACAUACUGAAACAGUUCCUGCAAAAGCUGAUAGAUAACCUGGACCAGUUGAAGAACUGCUAAUCUGCCACUAUUAUAGCAUUAUAGUACACUAUUUAUUAUAUUUAUUUAAAACCCUGUAUAUUUAUAGACCAAAGCAGCAUUUUUGGCACAAUUUAAUGUACAAACAGAUUUAAAAAUUAUUCCUUGCUAUAAAAUGUAAAGCUAGAAAUGUUGCUUGCGACAUCAUGAUGCGCCAAACAAUCUGUCCUUACGACGUAAACAAACAUUAGCAAUCUGAUACCUGCACACAUUGCCAUGUCAUACUUCAUGCUGUUUGCAGGAUGACAUCAGCACUUGCUGAGCUUGCUCAAUGAUGUCACUGUUUACCAGAAGCGAGGUCAGACUCUGCUGGGAAGCUGGAAUUAUGUUCCCAUUUUACUUCUUGCUGCAACACCAGCAAUGUAGGACACACACCAAAAUAAAAUAAAAAUUGUCCUACAAGGUAU